CAUACAAAUAAAAGGCGACAGCCCAAGAAACAUAGCCGUUAGAGAAUCCCAUGUACAUGCUCAGACACAAACCCAUCCACCUCUUCAAACGCGUUCCCUCCUCUCUUCCAUUUUGCUCAUUCUCUACUUCUAACUACCUUAACUGUCAGCUUGACUCUUUCCUCUCCAACCAAAAUUCAAAUCUCCAAUAUCUCUCUCAAUCCCAUGCUCUCAUUGUCACUUCUGGAAACUCAAACAACAUCUUCAUAGCCGCAAAGCUAAUCUCUCUCUAUGCGUCUCUCAGCAAACCCAUUUUUUCCACCAAAGUGUUUGGUUCAGUUUGUCCCAAAGACACCUUUCUUUGGAACUCCAUAAUCAAAACCCAUUUCUCCAAUGGCGAUUACUCAAAAGCCCUUGAUUUCUUUUUCCAAAUGCGAGCUUUGGGUUUCGCUCCUACCCAAUUUACUCUUCCAAUGGUCGUUGCCUCCUGCGCCGAGUUAAUGUUGCUAGAACAUGGCAACAAUGUUCAUGGGUUGGCUUCGAAACUCGGGCUUUUCUCAGGUAAUUCGGCAGUUGGGUCUUCGUUUGUGUAUAUGUAUUCAAAGUGUGGUCGAAUGGAGGAUGCAUAUUUUAUGUUUGAGGAAACUACUGUGAGAGAUGUGGUUUGUUGGACCGCGCUUAUAAUCGGAUAUGUGCAGAAUUAUGAGAGUGAGAAGGGUUUGGAGUGUCUUUGUGAGAUGCAUAGGGUUGGUGGCUUUGAUGAGAGGCCAAAUUUUAGAACAUUGGAAGUUGGGCUUCAAGCUUGUGGGGAUCUUGGUGCUUUGGUAGAAGGUAGAUGCUUGCACGGUUUUGUAGUAAAAAGUGGAAUUGGGUGUUCUGAACCUGUUAAGUCUUUGCUUUUGUCCAUGUAUUCCAGAUGUGGGGCACCUGGUGAAUCUUAUCUUUCGUUUUGUGAAGUAAAAGAUAAAGAUCUUCUAUCAUGGACUUCCGUUAUUGGUGUUUAUGCCAGAUCAGGUUUAAUGGAUGAAUGCUUAAGUUUGUUCCAGGGAAUGCAGGACAGUGAUAUUUUCCCAGAUGAAAUUGUGGUCAGUUGCAUGCUUUCAGGUUUUAAAAAUUCCACAACUAUCAACAAAGGAAAGGCCUUCCUAGGAUCAGUCAUAAGGAAAAACUACGCAUUGAGUCAGAUGGUUCAUAGUGCACUAUUAUCCAUGUACUGCAAGUUUGAGUUAUUGACUCUUGCAGAGAAGCUCUUUUUGGCAAUGCAGCAUCAAAACAAAGAGUCUUGUAAUACUAUGAUUUGUGGCUACGCUAAGAUGGGACUGCAUGUAAAAUGUAUAGAACUGUUUAGGAAGAUGCAACAUCUAGGCAUUCAAGCUGAUUCUAAUAGCUUGGUCUCUGUGAUUUGUUCGUGUUUCCAGUUGGGAGCAAUCCAUCUUGGCCGAUCACUUCAUU